UGAUCAAAACACAAAGUUAACCUAAACAUAAAUUUUUUUACAAAUAUUCAUUAAUGUCUAGUAUUUUCUCAGGAUAAAGUUUUAUUUAUACUGUUUUCUAGACCCGUGAAGUGGAUUGACAAUGUUGUAACAUUUUCUAGAAAACUUUUCCACUUAAUGAAUCAAAUUGAUCUACAAGCUUGUUAUAUUUGAUGAUAAUUGGUCAUUUCAUUUGAUAACAUUAAUUCUACGGAAUGUUUAUGAAUGAACUUAUGUGUAAUUUACCAUUUAGCUGUAUGAGAGUAGCAAGAGAUUCUGGUUCAGAUGAAUUACUUCCUAGUAAAUUGGCAAGAGAGCCUGUCCUCCUGAAUGUCUACGACAUGUACAAAAUGAAUGAAUAUACAUCAAAUGUUGGAUUAGGAGUUUUUCAUUCAGGCGUGGAACUAUACGGGGUGGAGUAUGCUUAUGGUGGACACCAGUUUCCAAUCUCAGGAAUAUUUAAAAUCAUACCAAGGGAUGAAAAAGAUCUCGGAGACCAGUUUCAAUUUAGACAGACCAUACAAGUUGGUUAUACAGAUUUUACAGAGCAGGACAUAGAUAAAUUAAUCCAUGAACUAGGAAAAGAGUUUAGAGGAGACAGAUAUCAUCUCAUGAAUAACAAUUGUAACCACUUUUCUAGCGCUUUCACAAAAAUUUUAUGUGGACAUGAGAUACCUCCUUGGGUGAAUCGUCUUGCAUAUUUCAGCAGCUGGGUGCCGUUUCUGGAGAAAUGUCUACCUAAAGAAUGGCUGAUGCCAAUGGCCUUACAACAUAGUCUAAACUAUAGGAACGAUUCAACUUGUUCUGAAAGUUCCACCUCUCAUUGAAAAAGAGAAAUUCCCAAAAAAAAAAUUACUUCAUUGAAUGCUAUUUGUUGAAUAAUUCGAACUGGAGUAGAAAUUGAAUUAUAAAAUUGGAUUUUC